CUGUUCCUUCUUCUGCAAAUCUUGGUGUGAGGAGGAAGGAAGUCUUUCAGUCCUUUUUUGUUUCUGUUCAGCUCACUGCAUGGACUGGAACCACAGAUUAGAAAUCAGACCACCUUCCUCCCCUACGAACAAGAGAGUAAGAGAGGGGAGGACCCACCAUGACUUUAAGAUCAGCAGCCAGAGGAUUUCUAGCUUUCCUUCUCUCAGUUCAAGCGCUCCGGGGUAACGGUGACUGGAGAGUUACUUACUCAUCUAGUAAUGUCUGCGCUCUAAGAGGAGCGAUGGUUGACAUCCGCUGCACUUAUGAAUACCCUGACAACGUACAGUACCGCCCUACAACAGUCAGAACACUAAGGUUUACUGAAGGGGACAACUAUCAGGCUGUUGAUUUGAAACACGAUGCAGGCUAUACAGGUCGUGUUGAAUACAGAUGUGCAGAGGUCGGCUGUACCGGCUCCAGAUGCCAUGGGACAUGUGCCCUGAGAAUCAGAGACCUGAGACGGAGUGACUCUGCUGUCUACAAGUUUAGGUUCACAACAAACCAACCAGGUGUUGAACAUACUGGUGAACCUGGAGUGAAGUUAUCUGUUACAGAUCUCCAGGUGAAGGUGUCCUUUCCUUACCCUACCAUUCCUACCUGGACAAAUCUGGAGUGUCACAGUAGGUGUGGUCUAGCUGAGGAUCCUCGCUACAUCUGGUUCAGGAAUGGACAGCAUGUAGGACAGGGAGUGAACAACAGGGUCGUAACUCAGUUUGGAGACAGCUAUUCAUGUGCUGUUGAAGGAUACGCUCUCCGCUCUCCUUCAGUGUAUGCUCCAAAGACCCCCUCAGUGACCGUGAGACCCUCUGGUGAACUAGAGGAGGGCAGCUCAGUGACUCUGAGCUGCAGCAGUGAUGCUAACCCGGCAGCUAACUACACCUGGUUCAAGGUUAAUACAGAUCGUUCCUACAUAGAGAUGAAGCAGGGACCACAGGUCAUCUUUAGAAGCAUCCUGUCUAAAGACUCUGGACAAUACUGCUGUAUAGCUCAGACUGAGCUAAGGACAUCUAAGUUGAUCUAUAUAUCCGUGAAAUACGCUCCGAAGACCCCCUCAGUGACCCUGAGUCCCUCUGGUGAAAUAAAAGAGGGCGGUUCAGUGACUCUGCGCUGCAGCACUGAUGCCAACCUAGCAGCUAAGUACACCUGGUUCAAGGACAACCAAUCUCUGCCCUGGGGACCAAGUCAACCUUAUACCUUCCCCUCAGUCCGCCCUGAAGACAGAGGAAGGUACAGCUGUCACGCAGAGAACAAAUAUGGACAACUGAGCUCUAACUCGAUAUUUGUGGAUGUCCAGUAUGCUCCAAAGAACCUCUCAGUGACCGUGAGUCCCUCUGGUGAACUAGAGGAGGGCAGCUCAGUGACUCUGAGCUGCAGCAGUGAUGCUAACCCAGCAGCUAACUACACCUGGUUCAAGGUGUUCUCAGUGGUGGGAUCAGGACAGACCUACACCAUCACUCAUAUCACUUUGGAGCACGCAGGAAACUAUAGCUGCCAAGCUCAUAAUGCAAUCGGACUUCAUAAUUCCACCUUUUUGUUAAUUAAAGUGACAUCCUCAUCAUCACAGACGAUGGCAGCUUUAACAACCAUCGGCGUAUUACUGGCCAUUAUUCUCCUCCUCGUCAUCUCUCUUGUUCUCUUCUUAAGAAGAAAGAGGGCCUCCAGAAAAGCAUGUGGACAGGGAGGAAGGCCAGAUACCGUGCUGGAGCCACUUCCUGGUCCCGUGUACGAGAACGUCUCAGCUCUGACCAAUCGCUCGGCUCCUGCAGCACAGAGAGAACCAAUAGAAGAGCAAGAUGACCUUCACUAUGCCAGCAUCCACACCUCUCGCUCAAAGAACCAGGAAGUGCUUCGCUGUCGGGCUGGCUCUCGUGUCCAAUCGGACCAGGCAGACGCAGUCUUUUACUCUGUGGUCAACAUUAAAACACCCAACGCCGUCCCUGGAGAAACUGACCAGACAGAGGUGGAAUACACUUCAGCGUUGUACAGCACUGUCAAAAAACACCCCAGAGUUUGAAACAGUUGUGGCAGCAGGAUUUAAAUAGUGGGACUAGGUAGAGAGUCGCAUCCAUUUAGUUAAACAGGACAAUACGCUGGCUGCAUAUGGCGCUUAAUUACCUGGAGUGAUACAUGAUCUGAUGACUGUUGAAUUGAUUUGACUUAUUUACUUGAUUGUGUAUGUUCCUCUUGUGAUGGCCCCAGCGAGGCCACAUCUUAUCCAGGGCCUCUUUCUCUGGUGGAUGUAUCUCUGCUUCAUCGCUACCACCUGCUGGUUACCAGCAUGUACUGCAAUUGUGAGGGGAUGGCUUAACGGUACCAUCUGCUGGUAACCUGAAUGUACUCGACCUGCUGUGAGGGGAGCAGUGGCGUCACUAGGCAGUUUCAUUCGGGGCUUUUUUUUCUAUUAUUUAAUUAGCCCCGAAUCUUAUUUUUCUGAAGAAAAAUUAUACCAACUUUUUCUUUUGUCUUUUAUUUUUUAGCUUGCUUACACUAGAAACAAACAUGGGGAUUCCAGGGGCAUAUCAAAAUACAGUAUCUAGGUGCUUCUAGAUACUCCUUCUGGCAAGAGAAUCAACGGUUUAAAAACAUAACCGGACUGUUUACCACCUCAAGUGCAGUGGUGGGUAGUAACGCGUUACAAGUAACGCAAAUGAGUAAAAAAGUACUUUUUUCGGCUAACGAGUACUUUUCACGUUCCUUUUUUUAAGUCUGUAAUUUUGCUCUUACUCGAUUAAAUAUUUGAUUUAGAAUUCUACUCUUUACUCAAUGACAUUUUCCAUUGUGCCUUCAUUAAAAUGAAUAUUUUGAUAAACAUA